ACCGAUCUGGUCGUCUGUGUGCCCUCCCGUCGCGCCCUUUUUAACCCGCCCCCUGCCCUCCCGUUCGCUGUCCUUCGCUCUGCCUUUCGCUGGUCCUGGAUCGCUGUCGUCGUCGUCGUCGCCGCCGCUCCCAUGAGUUUCCUGGAACACAUCCACACCAAGGGCCUGCUCGCCUCGGCCCUCGACCGUCUCCCGGCCCCCGUCGCCGAUGUCGUCCACGGCGCCAGCGCCCGCUUCCAUCUUAUCGUUGCCAAGCUGGCUGCUGUCUCCGGGCUGUCAGAUCAGACCGUUCAGCUGAUCUUUGCUGCCCUGGCUGUCGUCGUCUUCAUCUCGCUGCUGACUUCCAAGUCUGAGGCCGAGCCGCUGCCCAAGGGCGCCAAGCUGCCCCCGCAUGUCCCCACUGCCAUCCCCUUCUUUGGCGCCGCCGUCCAGUUCGGCGUCCAGCCCAUCAAGUUCCUGCAAGAGUGCCAGGCCAAGUACGGCGACUGCUUCACCUUCACCAUGAUGGGCAGAAACAUGACCUACUGCCUCGGCCCCGACGGAAACAACUUUGGCUUCAAUAUCAAACUCGCCGAGGCCAGCGCCGAGGAUGCCUAUCGCAAACUGACGGCCCCUGUCUUUGGCCGUGAAGUCGUCUACGACGUGCCCAACCCCGUCUUUAUGGAACAGAAAAAGUUCAUCAAGGACAGCUUGACCACCGCCGCCUUCCGCGAGUACAUCUCCAUCAUCGCUCAGGAAACCAACGAUUUCUUGGACAGCUGGGCGCCCAAGUCUGACUCCUUCGAGAUCUUCCCGGCCAUGGCUGAACUGACCAUCCGCACAGCCUCGCACUGUCUCAUGGGCUCUGACGUCCGCUCGAAGCUCCACUCCGAAGUCGCCAUCCACUACAAGCACCUCGAUGAAGGCUUUGCUCCCAUCAACGUCUUUUUCGAGUGGCUCCCUCUGCCCGCCUACAUUCGCCGUGACCACGCUAACCGCGAAAUGACCAAGCUCUUCCUCGACAUCAUGAAGGACCGUCGCACCAACAACAAGUCGGACAACUACGAUGUCCUGCAGAACUUGAUGAACUCGUCCUACAAGGACGGCAAGCCCCUCACCGACAUGGAGGCUGCCCGUUUGAUGAUUGCCCUGCUUAUGGCCGGCCAGCACACGAGCUCCACCACCACCACCUGGAUCCUCUUACACCUGGCCCAGAACCCCAAGAUCGCGCAGGAGAUUAUGCGCGAGCAGUCCAUGGUCCUGACCGGCCGCCCGGACACUCCUGCUGAUCAGCUCCCUCCUCUGGACUACGACAGUCUCCGACAGCUCACCUAUCUCGACAACACCAUGAAGGAAACCCUGCGCAUGCACUCACCCCUCCACACGCUCAUGCGCAAGGUCGUCAAGAACUGCGAGUUCCAAGGCUACACCAUCCCCAAGGGCCACUUUUUGUGUAUGUCCCCAACCGUCUCGCAGUAUGACUCCACUCGCUUCCCCGAUCCCGAAACCUUCGACCCCACCCGCCACGUCAACUCGACUGAGGGCGCUGGCGAGUGGACCAUCAACGGCGUCGACAUCUCCCAGAAGAGCGCCAAGAGCCACUUCCUGCCCUUUGGUGCCGGCCGCCACCGCUGCAUCGGCGAGGCCUUUGCCUUUGUCCAGGUCAAGACCAUCAUCUCGAUGAUGCUGCGCCGCAUUCAGCUCGAGCUGCCGAAAGACAAAAAUGGCAAGCCCAUCUUCCCCGAGGCCGACUUUACCUCGCUGGUUGUGCUGCCCAAGAAGCCCUGCAAUCUGUCUUACGAGCUGAAGAAGUAAACCCCCAAGUGGCGUGCAAUCCUCUCUCAUUUCAUGCGCUCAAUCUUGGUUCUGCACUUUGCUGCGGCUUCAUUCGCCCGCCUCCCCCCGUCACCCUCUGGUCUGCUUUGUACCUUCCUUUUUUUUUUUUUCGUUUCGUGCGGGGGCCACUGUGUGCUCCUGGAGGAGAAGCAGGAGGAAGGAGAGGGGCAAUGGAAGGGAACACCCCUGGGCUCCCUGGGUUUUGCUUGAAGAAUGACGGCCCCCGUUGUCUUUAUCGGACUUCCUGAAUACACACGUCCAUUGACAAUCGAUUGUCAAUUUUCAUUCA